ACUCUGACGUACAGGUGAGGGAGGACCACUGUAUAUACUGCUACAGUCACGCCGGGGGACAACAGUCUACAGUGUGUCGUUGUGCUGAGUGGACGUGCAGUACUCUGAUGUACAGGUGAGGGAGGACCACUGCAUAUACUGCUACAGUCACGCCGGGGGACAACAGUCUACAGUGUGUCGUUGUGCUGAGUGGACGUGCCGUACUCUGACGUACAGGUGAGGGAGGACCACUGUAUAUACUGCUACAGUCACGCCGGGGGACAACAGUCUACAGUGUGUCGUUGUGCUGAGUGAACGUGCCGUACUCUGACGUACAGGUGAGGGAGGACCACUGUAUAUACUGCUACAGUCACGCCGGGGGACAACAGUCUACAGUGUGUCGUUGUGCUGAGUGGACGUGCCGUACUCUGACGUACAGGUGAGGGAGGACCACUGUAUAUACUGCUACAGUCACGCCGGGGGACAACAGUCUACAGUGUGUCGUUGUGCUGAGUGGACGUGCCGUACUCUGACGUACAGGUGAGGGAGGACCACUGUAUAUACUGCUACAGUCACGCCGGGGGACAACAGUCUACAGUGUGUCGUUGUGCUGAGUGGACGUGCAGUACUCUGACGUACAGGUGAGGGAGGACCACUGUAUAUACUGCUACAGUCACGCCGGGGGACAACAGUCUACAGUGUGUCGUUGUGCUGAGUGGACGUGCAGUACUCUGACGUACAGGUGAGGGAGGACCACUGUAUAUACUGCUACAGUCACGCCGGGGGACAACAGUCUACAGUGUGUCGUAGUGCUGAGUGGACGUGCUCUUUUUGGACAAUGUGUUGACUCAGAGUUUACAUAUCUAGAGAAGCAUGUCGAGACCAACAUCACCGCAGCCACUAGUCACCAGCGACUCAAACUUCGGAUCAAAACUCAAUGUGAACAACAAUGCCAGUAGAAAUGGAUCAAAACUCGAUGUGAACAACAGUGCCAGUAUAAAUGGAUCAAAACUCGAUGUGAACAACAGUGCCAGUAUAAAUGGAUCAAAACUCGACGUGAACAACAGUGCCAGUAUAAAUGGAUCAAAACUCGAUGUGAACAACAGUGCCAGUAUAAAUGGAUCAAAACUCGACGUGAACAACAGUGCCAGUAUAAAUGGAUCAAAACUCGAUGUGAACAACAGUGUGAGUAGAAAUGGAUCAAAACUCGAUGUGAACAACAGUGCCAGUAGAUACGGAUCAAAACUUGAUGUGAACAACAGUGCCAGUAGAUACGGUUCAAAACUCGAUGUGAACAACAGUGCCAGUAGAUACGGUUCAAAACUCGAUGUGACCACUGCUAGCAUAUUCGGGUCUACACUGGAGAUUGACAACGGCAUCAUCAAGUUCGGCUCAGCUCUUGAUGUCAGCAGCUGCAACUACCAGGACCCCGGCAUCAACUUUGGCGCUACUUCAGCAUCUUCCUUGGUACCGCAGAUCUUGGCAUGUAUAUCUGCUGCCUCAUUCCACUUUGCCUGUGGAGCUGUUCUGGGAUUCUCUGCCAUCUUGAUACCCCAGUUGGAGUUACCUGACUCCGAGAUCAAAGUCACCAAAACUGACAUUUCAUGGAUUGCUAGUAUGGUGGCUUUGGUGGUGCCAGUGGGUGCGGUGAUGACAGGGUACCUUGUAGACCACCUAGGACGGAUCCGUACACUGACAGUGGCAUCUGUGCCCAUGACUAUAGGUUGGAUAUGCCUAGCACUGGCUCAGAAUCUUCCUGUAAUGCUACUUGGAAGGUCUCUCACUGCCUUUGGUGCAGCUAUGGGCACAGCUCCUGCCAUUGUAUACAUCACAGAGGUAGCUCGGGCAGAUCUAAGAGGCUCUCUCAUUAGUAUCACCAUGGCACUCACAUCUCUAGGAAUGGUGGUAUUGUAUGCACAGGGUGCCUAUUUCUACUGGCGCACUCUAGCAUGGCUGACAAUAAUGAACAGUUUGAUCCCUAUUGUACUGAUGAUGCUUUGGUCCCCUGAGAGUCCUGUAUGGUUAGUAUCAAAAGGCAGAAACCAAGAUGCUCUUAAUUCUUUGAAAUCGUUGCUAAAGAAUGAAAAAAAGGUUGGCUUGGCAGAAGAGAGACUGGCCGAGUUAGUUAAAGAGCAUGAAAGUAAGAAGGACACAAACAACCACAAUGGCUCUUCUUUCGUAAAACUUUGCCAGGGAUUGUUAAAACCAAAUGGCUUUAAACCUCUGCUACUUCUCACUUUUCUGUUCACUUUUCAACAAUUCAGUGGAAUCUACGUGACAAUAUUCUAUGCAGUAACAUUCUUCAAGGAUAUGGGGGCCUCAAUAGAUGCCUAUGUCUGUGCUGUUGGCAUAGGAAUGGUGCGAUUGGUUGUUGGUCUUAUUACUUCUCUACUCAUCAAGAGAUUUGGUCGUCGAUCUUUACUUCUGGUCAGUGGUAGUGGAAUGGCCUUUUUUCUGUUUACUGCUGGAUACUUCACCCGUGCAGUUUCUGAAGGUUUGAUGGAACCGACCAUACUGCCCGUGGUGUGCAUCCUCCUAUACAUGACCCUGGGAGUGACGGGGCUGCUGACUAUCCCCUGGACCAUGACUGCAGAGGUCUUCCCUCUAGAGAUCCGGGGAAUGGCUCAGGGACUCAUCAUCUCCAUCGCACACAUUGUCAUGUUUGCAGCACUCAAGGUAUACCCCUUCCUGGAUGAUCUGUUGGGAGGAGCGUUCGCAGUGCUGUGGUUGUUUGGUGGAGUGUCUCUCACAGCCGUCGUCUUCAUCUUCAUCUUUGUCCCAGAAACUCACAAGAAACAGCUUCAGGAAAUACAAGACUAUUUUAAGCAUAAUACAUUUUAUUUUCUCAGUAAAAGGAAACUGAGUAAAGUUGUAAUAGAAAUAGAUGAAGAGGCUGGAGAAGAGAUGUUAAAAAAGAAAGACAUAUCGUGAUAAAAAUUUAAGCCUCUUUUAGGAACUUUAUAAGUCAAUGUUACCUUUCCAUACCAGAAGGCUGGAACUAUGUGGCUUACAUUAUUUUAAGAAUGUAAAACGUUAACAAAUGUGAUCUUUAAACACAUACCACACUUAAUGUAUUUAGAAGGAGAAAAGAUAUUUCAAUGGUACUGAAAGAAUGGUUUUAAUUUAUUUCAAUUGAUAAAAUUGCAGAAAACAAUUAUUUUACCUACCAAAAUGGCUGUAAUAAUUUAGUUAAUAUUGUUGAAAAUAAAUUAAAGUAUGACUUAAGCCAUCAUUAA